AUGGAGGGGUGCGACCGGAUCAGGGGGCCGUGGAGCCCGGAGGAGGACGCCGCGCUGCGGCAGCUGGUGGAGCGCCACGGCGCGCGCAACUGGACGGCCAUUGGCCGCGGGGUGCCGGGACGCUUCGGCAAGUCCUGCCGCCUGCGGUGGUGCAACCAGCUGUCGCCCGGGGUGGAGCGCAGGCCCUUCACGGCCGACGAGGACGCCAUCAUCGCGCGCGCCCAUGCCAGGCUUGGCAACCGCUGGGCCGCCAUCGCGCGCCACCUCCGUGGCCGCACCGACAACGCCGUCAAGAACCACUGGAACUGCUCCCUCAAGCGCAGGCUCGGCGCCGUCGACGUCGCCGGAGAGGGCGAGGAGGAGCGGCCCUGCAAGCGCGCCAGCGUCACGCCGGAGAGCACCUCCGGAUCGGGGUCGGGAUCUGGAUCCGGGUCCGACCGCAGCGACCUCAGCAAUGGCGGCGCGUUCGGGCUCGCCCAGGUCUACCGGCCGGUGGCGCGGGCCGGCGUGUUCGAGCCGGCGGACUGCGCCAUGAGCCAGGGACACGAGGAGGAGGAGGAGCAGGAUGACCCAUUCACGUCGCUCUCGCUCUCCCUCCCCGGCACGGAUGCCCACGGGUUCCACCACGACAGCUCCCACAGCCAUUUCCACCAGCCGUUUCCCUCCCCGUCGCCGCCGCCGGCGUCGUACCCGUUCUCCCCCGCUUUCGCCGCCGCGAUGCAGGAGAUAUCCGUGACGAGGUGCGCAGGUACAUCUCCGGCGUCAGCUGCGGCUCCAACCUGCCGUCCAUGCCGCAGCUGGUGGAUGGCGUGA